GGCUUUCAAAUCUGCUCUUUGGACUGGUGACAACCGCAGAGCUCGCCGUCAAUUCUAUCAGAAGUAAUACAAAAAAAAAUAACCGAGUGUUUGACAUUCUUUUCUAUGGUUAACCUCUUAACUGUUGUAUUUUUGAAAAAAAGUUAAAUAGCAAACUUUGAACAAAUAAACCUUUAGUAAUUUAAAUAGUAAUAACCUAUGGUGCCUCCACGUUUAGACAUGCAUAUUGAUUGCGUAUUAUUUAUAUAGAAGAUAGUUCUACUGUUGAAGAAUGUUGUAAAUAAAUAAUUAAAAUAAAUGAUUUAAUGUUUUGUGAAGUAUCGGGUGGACUAUACUUAUAAAUCUAUAUCUAUGGGAUAAAUUCGAGGUUCUACGGUAGUUCAGUACCGGGUGUGAGCCAUAAAAGAUGAGUCUCUCAGUAUUUUCUAUUUUUCUCGUAUUCCUUUAAGACUAUAAGGAUUUAAUUUAUAAGUAAUUAGGGUUUAAUUAUAAGUAAUUUUAAAGGGUUAAUUUAUAAGUAAAGAUUUAUAAACAAUAAAGUUUAACUUUCAUUUUUCCAAGGAUUGCUUUGACGUAAUAUUACGUCAAUAACAGUUAACAGGUUAAUAACUUUUGCUUGAAAAGUAUUUUUUGUUGAAUUCUUCCACUCAUUCAAGUGCAUAUCAUUUUUUCUUCCACAAACACCUAACUAUAAACGAAGAUUACGAGCUAUUUAGGCCUGACAGUUCACCCUUCGAUGAACUUCAGUGAGAGUUAAGUUGAGUAAAAGAUGUCUAACUGCAUAACGAUUUUGAGAAAAAUUUGUCAUAAUCACCGUGAUCGUAUCCCCAAAACUUUGAUCAUGCAAUUCUCCAGUUCGUUUUGAAUAUUCUACUGCGCUAUUAGCAGUUUCUUUUAUUAAGGCCGCAUCAGCUUAUAACUGAUUUUGAUUCCUUUUUUUGGGAUUCUAUGAUUGAAAACCUGCAAAUCUUAGUUAAUUUACAUCGUAACAGUGGUCCAACUAAUUUUCUCAAAAUACGUCGAGCGAGGAAAUAAAAUUAUCAGUGAUAGUGAGAAGAAAUGGAAUUUGCAUCGAGUUCAUCCAAGAUGAUAAUCGAAGCAAGGUGCAAAGUGAUCAAUGUUGAUAUGUCCAUUAUGUCAAACAGGUGAAUUCAAUUGUAGAAAUAAAAGAUAGAAAUUAAGCGUCUAUUAGAAAGCCAGAUGUUGUAUCAGCUGAAUAUAUCUUAUCGGCGUGGUCAGCUAACUCUGCUACCGUAACAAAGUUAACAGAACGAUUUUUUAUCAUUUUGUUUUGCCGAAGAUUCCUAAACUGACUGCCGUAGAGUGUCACGGGACAUCUUAAGUUGAAGAGAAGAGUCUGAUUAACAGACGUUUUUCAGCCUUACGGCAUGUAUCAUUAAGAAGCUGUAACCUAAGCAUUGGAUACUUGCAAAAAAGCAAAAAAAUUUGCAAAGAUUAGAAACUAGUGUCCAAUGCUUACGUUACAGCUUCUUAACGAUACAGGUUGUAAGGCUGAAAAACGUCUUAAAAUGUUAAUCAGACUCUUCUCUUCAACUUAAGAUGUCCCGCGACACUGUACAGCAGUCAAUUUAGGAAUUGUACGCAAUACAAAUGAUGAAAAAUCGUUCUGUUAAUUCUGUUACGGUAGCAGAGUUAGCUGGCCACGCCGUUAUAAAACUGUACUUACGAAGAAAGUAUUGUAGACACAUUCUUAUUUUAUAAUCAGCAACGGCAGAAUGUUUAUAAAAUUGAUGUUAUUCUGUUUUAUUUCUAGUCUUGUUCAAUUACUAGAAACAUUUAAAUUAUCUUUGGCAAGAUAUCCGUUUGAUUUAAUUUCAUCAUUAAUUCAACAUUACUGUAAAAAUGUUAAGCAUUUAUCUUAUACAUCAACGGCGAAUAAUAGUCCAUGUGGUACGGCUCAUGACUGGGAAUUAUUAUUAAAAUAUCUUACAAAAUUAGAAAUAUUUGAAUUUAGUGUUUUAACCGAGUCAGAUGCCGAUGCAAAAACAGAUUUCUAUAAAAAAUGGAAUAUCAAAUGUGAGAAACAAGUUGGUUCACAAACAUAUCAUUGUUAUAAUACAUUAUCAUUGCCUAUCAACUAUCCAACGACAUCAUCAAUAGAAAUGUUUGCAUAA